AUGAACCACGGCACGACGCUGCGCGCCCUGCGCGCUCCGUCUUCCCUCUGCAACAGCAGCAGCAGCAGCCCCGUCCACACAUCCUUCCUCCUCACCUCGAUCGCGCGACAAGCGACCCCCUACCGUCGGCUAGCGAGCUCCCUCACGCCCUCCGAACCCUCCUACUCCUCCACCGCGGACAGAGACAAGGUCAACGCCAUCGCCUCCUCCCGCCCAGCGGCCCUCGAGCUCCCCGAGAAGAAACCCGACGCCUCAAAAUUUGGCCACCUCAUCCAGACGGGCAAAGCCUACAUCAAGUUCUACAAGACGGGUCUCAAAGCCGUCUUCUCCAACCGCCGCCACAUCCAAGACGUCAUCCGCGCAAAGAGCACCUCGGUCGAAGGCUUCCGCUCGCCUUCCGUCUUCACGCCGGGCGUCAUCCCCAAGGGCUUCUCGCGCGCCGACUGGGUGCUCCUCUGGCGCGUGCGCCACGACGUUCUCCGCGUGCCCCUGUUCGGUCUCGUCCUCUUGGUGUGCGGGGAAUUCACCCCGCUCAUCGUCAUCUUCGUCGACGGCGUCGUGCCGUACACGUGCCGCCUGCCGCGGCAGAUCGACGCCAGCUUCUCGCAGGCGGAGGAGCGCCGGCACAAGUCGUUUGCCGACUUUGAGCGGGCCGCGCCGCUGGGCGUCGCGGGCGCGCAGGGCACGGCUGCGAGGGCCCCGGCGAGGAAACAUGUGCUGCGCAGCCUGCACAUGCCGGGCAUGAUGUGGGAUAAGAUUGGGUUUGUCCCGCCGGGUAUGUGGGCGACCAAGGGCAAGCUGCGGAUGGCUUUCCUGGAAGGAGACGACAGGUUGCUGGCGCGCGACGGGGGCGCGGCCGCGUUGGAGGAGCAGGAGGUCAAAAUUGCGGCUACCGAGCGCGGUAUCGACUGCGCCGGUCGCGGGGAUGAGGAGCUGAGGAAGUUGCUCGAUGAGUGGCUGCGCCUGACGGAGGCCGAGGAGAGUGUGGAGAGGAGGAAGCGCAUGACGGUUCUCUUGACGACAAGGACGGAGAACUGGCCUAAGGACCGAGACUUUGCUCUCCCCGAGUGGCAUCUUUGA